AAAAACCCUAGAAACUCUCCAACUAACUCUUCUUACUAUUAUAAAUUAUGAAUUCUAGGGUAUUUAUACUUAUAUUAUUUGGAGAUUAUUUUAAUUUUAACGCAAUAAUAACUUCAUUGUUGAGAACAACUAUUUAAUAUCUUAAAUUUAUUUUUCACCAGCAAUUUUCAAUUAAAUCAUCAGUGAUAAAUUGAAAUCAAAUCCUGCCGUCACUGUUAACACUAGCAAUCUAUCAUCAUAUCAUACAUCACUCCUCUUUGGAGUUGGAGGUAGCAAGCUUAUUAGCAGACAGGGUUUUAGGUGGUGGAUUGAAAAUGUUACUUAUAGAGAGCAAAGGAGGAGCAAUAGCAUGUAUGCUACUAUCUCUGCUGUUUUUGGGGACAUGGCCUGCUGUUCUAGCAUUCCUCGAAAGGCGGGGCCGCCUUCCGCAACAUACUUAUCUUGAUUACUCCAUUACUAAUCUCUUGGCUGCUGUUAUCAUUGCUCUUACUCUUGGUCAAAUUGGGGACAGCAGACCUGACAUGCCUAAUUUCAUUACCCAGCUGUAUCAGGAUAACUGGCCGUCUGUGUUAUUCGCAAUGGUGGGUGGAAUAGUACUAAGUAUUGGGAAUUUAUCAACACAAUAUGCAUGGGCGUUAGUCGGUUUAUCGGUGGUAGAGGUGGUUUCAAGUAGCAUUACUGUUGUGAUAGGCACCACAUUAAACUAUUUCCUUGACGACAAAAUUAAUAAGGCCGACAUUCUUUUCCCCGGUGUUGCCUGUUUUCUGGUUGCUGUCAUUUUGGGUUCAUGUGUUCACUCUUCAAAUGCUUCUGAUAACAAGAAGAAGCUCGGUCAAUUGUCAAGUGGUUGUAUAGUUACUUCGACGGAUCCCGAAAAGGGAAAAGAUGGUAUGGUAGAGGCAGCAUUUGGGACUGCGGAAUUCCUCAUUGAACUUGAGAAUAAAAGGUCCAUAAAGGUCUUUAAUAGGAGCAUUUGGCUUGGGCUUGUGAUAACAUUCUUUGCUGGAGCUUGCUUCUCGCUCUUCUCUCCAGCAUUCAACCUAGCAACAAACGACCAGUUCCAUUAUUUAAAGAAAGGGGUACCUCAUUUGGUGGUUUACACUGCUUUCUUCUACUUCUCGGUCUCCUGUUUUGUGUUUGCCAUCGUUCUCAACAUCAUAUUCCUAUACCGACCUAUUUUGAACUUACCAAAGUCGUCUUUUAAGGCCUACUUGGCUGACUCGAAUGGAAGAGGAUGGGCUUUGCUUGCAGGACUUCUCUGUGGUUUUGGGAAUGGCCUUCAGUUUAUGGGUGGUCAGGCUGCUGGUUAUGCUGCAGCGGAUGCUGUUCAGGCACUUCCUCUAGUGAGCACCUUUUGGGCAAUACUUCUAUUUGGAGAGUACAGAAAAUCAUCAAGAAGAACAUACAUUUUACUAGUUAGCAUGUUAUUAAUGUUUAUGGUAGCUGUUGGUAUACUAAUGGCAUCAUCUGGACACAGGAAAUGAUACCACCACAUAUUUCCAUCCUCGUUCCUGCAAGUUUAAGGCUCGAAUAGUACAUAAAAUCUCAAGAUUAAGAACGCAGAUUUAUCAGUUAGCAUCUUUUUAGUGUUUGUGCUUGCUGUAGCUUUCCUCCUUAGUCCUUACAAUACCUCCUUACUAUACAUAAGAAUGAUUAUUACUACUAUGUUCUAUACUUCUAUGUAUAUUUCCAUUUUCAUUUCUGCA